AUGGGCAAACGAGACAACUGGGUGCCUAUACAGGAGGGCCCUUCCUUUCAGCCCCGCAAACUCAAGGUUGUUUGCAUAGGGGCUGGGUUUGCAGGGCUGAUGCUCUCAUAUCAGCAUAAGCAUGGAGACGCGCCUUUGGAGGACUUCAUGGACCUGAAGAUCUAUGAGAAGAAUGAUGACAUUGGGGGAACUUGGUUGGUUAAUACAUAUCCUGGAGUCGCAUGCGACGUUCCCGCACACAUCUACGCGUUCCCCUUCGAGCCCAAUCCCUCUUUGAGUCAAUUCUACGCCUCAGGCCCAGAGAUAUGGAGAUAUAUCAAGAAGACACCUGAUAAGUAUAAGCUUCAUGAGCCCGUUAUACUCAAUUCUGAAGUCAAAUCCUCGGUCUGGGACGAUGACACUGGCAAGUGGCGUCUUGAGAUCCAACAGGCUCAUAGCCGCGAUAUCGUCCAGGAGGAAGCAGACAUAGUCAUCAACGCCACGGGCUUCCUCAGCAAAUGGAACUGGCCUACGAUAGUAGGGCUGGACAAGUUCAAGGGGAAGCUGGUUCACACCGCUGCAUGGGACACAAGCCUUGACUGGUCGGGUAAGAGAGUCGCCAUCAUCGGAAACGGUUCUUCCGCUGUGCAAGUCCUUCCACAAAUGCAACCUACGGCAGCCAGGAUCGUCAACUAUGCCCGAAGCCCGUUUUGGAUCAGUAGCGCGUUCGCCUCAGAGUUCACACCAGAAGGCAAGAACUUUACAUACACUGACAAGGAGAUCCAAUCAUUUAAGGAUGAUGAGGAUAUGUUCUUCCAGCUCCGGCAUAGUAUUGAGCAUUCAAUGAACAAGUUCUUCAGGGUCUCCAUCAAGGAUAGCCCAGAACAGCAACACGCUUUCCGGGAGUUCAAGGCAAAGAUGGAGGACGCACUCAACCACGACUCUGAUCUGUGCGCCAGGCUUAUCCCGACAUUCCAAGUUGGUUAUCGGCGACUGAAUCCUGGUGAGAACUAUCUCGAAGCGCUGCAGCAAGAAAGUGUUACCCUCCAAGAUGAACCUAUUCAGGAGAUUUUUGAGGGUGGCAUCCGCAGCCUAACAAAGACGGAAGAGUUUGACAUAAUUGUCUGCGCAACAGGAUUUGAUGUCAGCUUCGUUCCUGGAUAUAAGGUGCUGGGUCAGAACGGGAUUUCGCUCGCCAAGCAAUGGAAAGAUGCCCCAGAGGCCUACUUUGGGGUUUUUGCUGCAAACACGCCCAAUUUCUUCACUAUCAACGGACCAAACACCCCUCUGGCACACGGAAGCCUACUGGCCGUAAUGUCAUUUACGGUGGACUACAUCUCGAGAUGGAUCCGCAAAAUAUCGACACAGAAUAUCAAGUCAGUCCAAGUUCGUCAGGAUGCGUUGGAUGACUUUAAUGUUUACACCCAAGAACUGAUUAAAAGAACAGUCUGGACUGGUGACUGCAGGUCCUGGUUUAAGAGAGGAAACAGCGACGGUAGGGUUACAGCCAUAUACCCUGGUAGUGUGAUUCACUAUAAGGAGAUGUUAGAAGAGUUUAGAACCGAAGAUUUCGUGUUCAAGUAUACCAGCAAGAACCGGUUACAGUUUAUGGGCAAUGGCUUGACCUUUAGAGAGAAGAACGACGGGGACUUGGCAUGGUAUAUGCGGAAUUAG